AUGGCGACGCUCGAGUGGAAGGAGAGCCAGAUGUUGAGGACUUACCCGAGUUCAGUGUACACGUUUUUAUCCCUGUCCACAAUUUUUCAAUGGAAUAGAUCAGACUGUGCGAGUCUUUUUCCCUGCUCCUCUAAUCAUUCCGAAGUAUGUCUUGGCCCUUUGUCGCCCUACAUUCCUGUUUUCGUCUUUACACUCUUCCCCUUCUGGUGUCCGCCUUUCAAGCUUAUACUCAUUGUGGAUCAGAUGUUUGCGGCGGGCUCCGGCGGCAACGGUGGUUUCGGUGGCGGCUUCGGCCGCGGAGGCAAGUUCGGUGGCUGCGGUGGCAGCAAUGGGGGCCGACGCGGCGGCAACGGUGGCUGGGGUGGUGGUGGCAGUAGGCGCCACCCCACCGGCGUGAAGAAGAAGCGCGGCGUGAGUGCCGCUGUCAAUCGCCUGCGCCAGCGGGCAAACCUCCUCGAGUUGAUCGAGGACCUCCGCCGCCAAAGCGAGGCGGCGGAGGCGCAGCUGGCGGCGUUGGAGGAGGAAGACCGGUUGGCCGCGGCGGCAGCGGCGGCGGCAGCAGCAGCAGCAGCAGCGGCAGCGGCAGCGGCAGCGACAAUGGCCCCAGUGGCUCCGGCGGCGACGGCCCCGGCAGCAGCGGCGGCGACGACGACGGCAGCCGGCGGCAACGGCAACGGCAACGGCAACGGCAACGGCAACGGCAACGGCGACGAGGAGGAGGAAGAGGAAGAGGAGAAGGUGAAGAAAGAAGAAGAAGAUGACGAUGAUGAUGAUGACGACGGCGGUGUUGCCGUAUGA